CUGCUGCUGCUUUCGUACUCAGGGAUACCAUUUAUAUUGUCUGACGCGGCCGGCAACGGCACAGUAUUUUCCUGGCAAACGGAAACCGAACGUGCACGGUGGUCAUGUUAUUUAUCGUUCGGUGAUAGAAGACUGUAUACACACAUGUAACAUAUAACACAUCUUAUACAAUCCGCGAAAUUUUAAUCAAAUGAUAAAAUAAAAUUAUUAAUUAUUUAAGAAGAAAGAAGAGAAAUAACUCUCACCUAUUCGAGUAAAUCGUACGCGUCUUGAUAACGUAAAAGAAAAUAGAAGAUAGAAGUAAAACGCACGAUAUUCGUCAAAAGUUCUUCACAGUGAAUUCAGAUUAUUAAUAAUAAUUAUUUUUCUAUUUUAAUCAAAAUAAAAAAAAAACCCUAAUAAUUGAAAAAAUAUAUCAAUCGACUGCUUCGACAUUUAUUUAUUUAUUAAUUUAAUCAUUUCUUCUCGUUGUGAUUAUAAAUUGGGCAAUUUUACAGCGGUGAUAGAGAGAGGAAAUAAAAGGAAUAUUCACAACGAUACAAUAAAUAAAAUAAUUUUACAGUCGAGAUGUAAGAAAAAUAUUGGCGUGAAUAAAAAAAAAAAAAAUAAACUAAAUCAAUAUAAUAGACGAACUUUUAUUACAACGCGUCAUAAAUAAUUGAGAAAAUAGACCACGGAACGUAUUGUAUUUGCUGGCGGUGUUAGGUUGAAUCUUUUUUUUUUUUUCUUCUAUCUUUCCAUUUUGCCAUUAUUUACAAAUUUUACUCCGGUAAAUAUAGGAGAACAUAGAUUUAGUGCUUUUGACUCAGCGAAAUCUGAAAACUCCUUAUCUAGGAUGAAGGGAGACGAGGAUUCUGGAGCUUACAGAAUCGGGGGAAAUGGAAGAGGAUAUGUAAAUCAUGCGCUAAACGGUUCCAGGGGAAGUUUAGAUCUAUCAAAUUCCAACGGUACGAGGGAACCUCAUAGAGAAAUACAAGGAUCUUCGGAUUUCAUUUUGGUAGAGGAAAGAAGCGACGAGGAGGUGAAAAACCAAGGAGGUUUUCUGAAAUCCGCUGCCGAUCAAGUGAGUCGAAGGGUUAAAUCUGCUUGUACGAAAAAGACCCUCUACAAAAGACUACCUAUUGUGAAAUGGCUACCUGCUUACAACUCGGAAGAUGCCAUCGGUGAUCUCGUCGCCGGUAUCACCGUCGGUUUGACCGUAAUACCACAAUCAUUGGCAUAUUCGAACGUCGCCGGAUUACCUGCACAGUACGGACUCUACGGCAGUUUCUUGGGGUGUAUAAUCUACAUUAUUUUCGGAUCCUGCAAGGACAUUCCUUUCGGACCAACGGCCAUUGUAUCGUUAUUGACUUAUCAAACAGUAGCCCAUUUGGACAACCCUCAAUAUUACGCUAUAUUGCUGUGCUUUUUAUCGGGUGCUGUCGAAUUGUUCAUGGGAAUAUUCGGACUCGGGUUUAUCAUCGACUUCGUUUCGGGUCCCGUCAGUUCUGGAUUUACAUCCGCCGUAGCAUUGAUAAUCGUUACAUCACAGAUAAAAGAUGUCCUUGGCAUAUCCGCUCAGGGGUCAACUUUUGUACAAAUAUGGCGAAGCAUCGCCGCAAGUCUGCACGAAACUUCGGCCUGGGACGCUGCACUAGGAGCUUCCUGCAUCGGAGUUCUUCUCAUACUCAGGAUGGUGGCCGCCAUCAAAAUUGGACCCGCGGAACCCGAACUCGUCACAACAAAACAUCGUGUUGUUAAUAAGGUUCUUUGGCUCAUAGGAACAUCGAGAAAUGCGCUGUUGGUUGUAAUAUGCGGGGUUUUGGGUUACAGUUUCACCGCAACGCCUCCUUUCAAACUUAUAGGUCACAUUCCCGGAGGAAUGCCGAGUUUUCAACUACCACCUUUCGGUUAUACAAAGGAUGAGAAUACGACCGUUACUUUCAUCGAAAUGUGCUCUAAUCUUGGUAGUGGAAUCUUAGUUGUUCCACUCAUCUCAUUGAUGGAAAAUAUCGCCAUAUGCAAAGCCUUCGCAAACGGAAAAUCGGUGGACGCGACGCAGGAAUUAUUAGCCAUCGGAAUAUCGAAUAUCGGAAGUUCAUUCGUCCAAGCAUUUCCGGGCACAGGGUCGCUGAGCAGAAGUGCUGUGAAUAAUGCAUCUGGGGUGAGAACACCGAUGGGAGGUCUUUACACAGGUGUUCUCGUGAUAUUGGCUCUGAUAUUCCUCACGCCAUAUUUCAGCUAUAUCCCAAGAGCAAGUUUGGCAGCGAUUAUCAUUGCCGCUGUAAUAUUCAUGGUCGAAGUGAAGGUCGUUAAACCCAUGUGGAGGGCGAAAAAAUCGGAUUUGAUACCUGGAAUCGCAACUUUCGUUGCCUGUUUGGUAUUACAACUGGAAAUCGGAAUCCUCGUUGGAAUCGGUAUAAACGUUAUGUUCAUUCUUUAUCACGCAGCGAGGCCUAAGAUUUCCGUCGAAGAACUCGUGAGCCGUCGAGGAGCUGAAUAUUUAAUGCUCACUCCGGAUCGUUGUUUAAUUUUCCCAUCGGUAGAUUAUGUUAGAAAUUUAGUGACAAAAUACAGUCGCAGAGGUCGUAGUCUAGCUACUCCAGUUGUAAUAGAUUGCACACAUAUUUACGGUGCCGAUUUUACCGCAGCUAAAGUUAUAGAAAGUUUGACGCAAGAUUUUGCUGCGAGAGGACAGCCGUUGUUUUUCUACAAUCUUAAACCGUCGGUUCACGCUGUUUUCGAAGGUGUUGCGCCGAGUGAUUUCGUCGUUUAUUAUACCCAGGAAGCGUUGGAUGAUCUUCUGAAGCAAAGCGAAUCGCCGAAACAAUUAAAAGAAAUGUCACCUGCUUGAUGGAUGUGGAAAUAAAUGGAUCAUAAUGAAGAUAAAGAUUAAGGAGUCUCAGUGAAUCGCUGCUCGCUUAAUCAACUCCCAAGGUUUGAAGGAAAUAGAGAAAAACCGAUGAAAACGAAGAGGAAUUUUAUACUCGGAAAUUAUAGUCCGCCGUUAUCCAAUGACAAUGGUAAGGAGUAAUUUGGAAUAAUAUUCCGUUUCUCGUGAUAAAAAAAAAAACGAACAUUCGAAGAAACGUCGGUUAUGAUCACCUACGAUUAUUUAUUUAUUUUUCUCAAACAUAUUACGAUUCCGUUAUAGAAUUUGGUAGUUCCUUACGUAAAGAUUCUGAAUUCUGAAUGGAUUGUCGAUAUAAACAAUAACCAAAAUCAGUAUUAUUUGAAUAAUAACAACAAUAUUUAAACGCGCAAUUGUAAUUAAAUUAAUGUUGUCAUUUUUUCAUCUAGUACGUACCAAUAUAACUAUUAUUAUAGUAGACAUCCGAUAGUUUUCGCCUAGCAUGCGGUAUACCAUGGGUAGUAUAAUAUUAAUUGUACCUUUUAUUUUCACUAUUCGUUGUCAAAAAAUGCAGACGACGAUUGCUCACGUAAAUUCCGAUUACAAUCAUUGAUAAUUGUUGAAACAUCGUGGCAAAUGAGAGAAAAAUAAUAAUAAUAACAAUAAUAUUAAUGAGAACAAUAAUAGUGAUAAUGAAAAUGAAAUAAAGUAAAAAUAAUGCCAUGUAUCUAUAAAAAUUUUCUAUGCAUAUAUUUAAUUAGCGUAGAGUCUUGCCAAGUUUAUUUAAAAAAAAAAAAAAAAACCCGAGCAAGGCGAAUAAUGUAUAAUAAAAUCACGUGAAUCACGCUAAUGUUUAUUAUAACGUGAAACAAUUAGCGGAGAAACUUUAAUCCUGCUUCAAUAUCUUCAUCGUUAAAUUACUUAAUUUUAUUGGCAACGUUGUACAUACAUACCUGUAACAAUAAUGUCCAUCUGAAGCAUACUACUGUGAUAAUUUUACAUAAGAAAAAACAAGAAAAUCAAAUAAAAAUAAAUAAACGAAUUAAUAACAGAA